AAUGCAACAUUGUCCACUACUUUUUGAACUUCGACAGCCCAAGUACGACAACCUGCCUCUUACCGGCUCACUCUAUCCCAACCGACUCACAUCACCUCCAAACUAUUCCCGAACUCCGAUACCAAGCUCAGUCCAGAGGGCUUCUGACAACUUCGUCCUCCCAACCCCCUUUUGCUCCAGAUAAGAAUGUCCGCGAGCCAAAUCGCUUCGCCACUCCCCGUGGCUUCCUCCAGGGGAGACCUCCGGCUGUUGACGGGUCAAGAUAUCUUGACUGGUCUCAGUGAGACUCUCGCCUCCUCCAGCCACAACCGCCCAUCAACACCUGUCCGCAUCAUCCAGGAGCAAGAGUACAGCGUCCCCGCCCCACCGCCUCCCAGUCCCGUCUCCUUCGCGCCAGACCAUUGGCCCGCCUCAGUGCGGCGCUGAAGCGCCCAAAUACGCCGAUGGCGUUUGGAAGGGCGGUGGUAUCUCUUGUCUUUCGACACACUGCACAAAUUUUACCCAGCAUAGCGGGGUGCGUCUUGUGUGAAACGACACGGACGAUGCCACGGCCUUUGUGUUCCUUUGUAUUUGAGACCUUGUCUGUUGUAUCACCAACUGGGUAUGGACCAAUUUGGCCGGGGCGUACUGGAGUGUGAAAUCAUGCAUUCGAAAGGCAGGCGAUGGUCAGAAGGAGUUCACUCUCCUUUCCUUUUUGUUUUGGGUUAUAUGGUUAUUUGGGGCUGGGCAUUGCACAAACAAAAGGAACAAGGCGGCAAGGCAAGCCUUGGCCAUGACUGUAUCAUGUUUCUAUUAUCUAUUAUUCGUUGGAGCAUCUAGACGAGAAUUAGGCACUGGGAAAGUAAUAAUAUCAUUGGG